AUGUGUCAGCGUGGACGAGCACUGUCUACGCCGGGCGUAGUUGUGCCUGAUCCAGAUCUCACUUCAUAUUCACCUUCACCUUCAACAGAAGAAACAUCCAGAACUCCAGAUGAUAGUACAACAGAGAUUUCUGCUUUAACUUCAACAGAUCCUGAUGCAACUACAGCUGACACCACUGAUUCAUCAGAUAUUUCAACAACUAUUGAUGUCACAGGAACAGAAGAACCGUCAAAUACAGCAGAAACAUCCAUAACUCCAGAUGAUAGUACAACAGAGAUUUCUGCUGUAACUUCAGCAGAUCCUGAUGCAACUACAGCUGACACCACUGAUUCAUCAGAUAUUUCAACAACUAUUGAUGUCACAGGAACAGAAGAACCGUCAAAUACAGCAGAAACAUCCAUAACUCCAGAUGAUAGUACAACAGAGAUUUCUGCUGUAACUUCAGCAGAUCCUGAUGCAACUACAGCUCACACCACUCUUGUGACAGAAGACAGUGCAUCUACACCAAAUCCUGCCUCAAGUACAGCUGAUUUCACAACUACAAAAGAUGUUAUAACACCAACAACAAGCUCUACUCAGUCAACGACCAAAACCACAACUGCCAAACCUAUUGAGUGUGAAAAUGGUGGAACUCCACAACCAAACAAUCAGGCUUGUUUCUGUCCGAACGGUUUUACGGGGAGACUCUGCAGUACUGUUGAAACUCAAAUUGUACCAGAUAUCAUUGAAAGGACAGUCAAUGUUACAAUGGAAAUAAAUGAAAAAUUUACAGAUGACUACGAAAACACAUCAUCAAAUGCAUAUAUAACAUUUGUUGAAAAAUUAAACGAAAAAGUGGUGCCCUUAUAUAAAAACAAAAUAGAAAAUUUUUUGCGUUUGGACAACAUAAUUCUAAGUGCUGGUGGACCAUUACAACAAUAUAGUCAAAGAAGAAGAAGAAGCUUGCCUUUGAAGGAAACUAAAAGUCUGAAAGUUGAGCAUGAUGUCCUUUUUAACAUCGAUAAUAACAACGAAAAUGAGGAGAAUUAUGAAAAUAUUGUUACGGAAGUGAAAGAAGUUCUUGUUGACAUUAAAGCUGGUUCAGACUUUGAUGUUAAUAAUGCCAUUGCAUCAAAGACUGAUCUCAAUGUCAAAGAGGUGUGUGCCAAGGCUACGGAAGUUUUUCCUGCAGAUUUCCAAAAGUAUUUUGAAGCAGUUACGUUGAGUGGCAAAGUGACAUGUGUGACUCCAUGCAAUGCAGCUCAUAGUGAUCCGCAAAUUUGUAAGAACAGCGGCACCUGUGAAGUUUCUGGUCAGGGCCCAUCCUGCUAUUGCCGCUAUAAUGAUGACUUCUGGUACUUGGGAGCGGAUUGCAAUUUACAGGUGCACAAAGUUGGAUUUUAUGCUGGAUUGGGAACAGUGGCAGCCAUAGCAGUAAUAACUGUAGCAUUCCUGACAGCUUAUCUCAUUAUAAACAAACGGACGGUGAAGAGGAACAAGGACAUUAAGCAAGAGCUAGUGAAAGAAUGGUUAGAGGAUGACUUUGAAUGGCCACCACAAAAUAAAACAUCAAACACAGCUGACAGAUAUGAUAACCCAGUAUACGCACCAGGAGGCAGACAUACACAGGACAGUUUCGGAAACUAUAAACCAGAUUUCUCUUACACCCAGAAUUUCUCACCUGAACCUGGUAUUCAUCUCCGGUAUCUUCAGAGGGAUCAGUCUAUGAAAAUGGACAGACCUCAGAUCCGUUCAUCUUUUGAUAUUUAAUAUUCUAUGUGUGUGGACAUACUGAAUGUAUAUAUUGUUUGGUUUAUAAAUACGCAGUCUUGAUCCAUCAAAACUCAAUCAGUUGCUAUUUAUACCAUUCAAUUUAGCAGUUGUACAAUUAUGCAUAUUUUCUGUACCUCAGAUGUGACAAACAUUAUCUGACCAUAUUGUGUUUUAUCACAUGAUGACGAGAAGCAGUAGAACUUCAGCUAUGCCCUGCUUAUCUUCAGAUAAGUUAUUAAAAUAAUCAAUGUAGUAAAAUUAGAUAACUAGUAGUUAUCUUUUUUUAUAGGUUUUACUUUAUUGCUCCUUUAGGUAUAAUUUCUUAUUAUUUUUAUUCAUAAUGACAUUGCAUUAAUAUAAACUGCUUUGUAAAUUACAUAUUAACCACAAAUUAUUUAUUAUCAUUAUAC